GGUGACGUGGCGCUCACGUGACUGACCAGGCACUGACUUGGGCACCUACCCCAGCUCCCACUCUGCGGCUGGGUUUCUGCGCUCCGUGGAUCCAGCGCCUGAGCUGCCCACAGUGGCUGGCGAGCGGUGAGCAGGCUUCUGCCAGCCCAAGGAGGCACAGGCCUGUCGUGAGUCCUCCCAAGUCGGUGUGCACAUCUGUUGUGGCCAGCGCUCUGCUCAGUGAGGCCUGAAGAGAAGGAGCCACUUGAUCAGGAUUCCCGAAGGACAGGAACACAAUGGAAAAUCCCGACCUGAAAAAUUUCUUCACUGAAAAUGAAGAAAACGAGGGAAAUGCAGAAGACAAAAUACAGACUGAAGAUGAAAGAAAGGCAGAAGAGAAAAGAAAGCCUGACCAUGAGGGGAAGCCAGCACGUGAGGGGAAGCUAGAGAGUGAAGGAGAGCCAGAUGUUGAAGGACAAGGGGAAGAAGAGGGAAAGCCUGAAACACAAAGCAAGUUGGGCAAGCCACAGGAUGAGGGCAGGCCAGAAUCCCAGGCACAGCCAGCCAGGAAGCUGCAGGCUGCUGAAAAGCGCCCCAUGGAAAAUUAUGUGCCCCGGAAAGCAAAAAGAAAAACGGAUAGGGGGACUGAGGAUUUCUCCAAGGACUCUCAGGAGAAUUUACAGAACAGUCAUUUGAGCAGGCAGGGGAUGAUGAGAGAGUGUGCCAAUAUGUCAAGGUCUCGGGAACAGAUAAAGAAAAAGCAGAGGAUAAAUAAUUUUCAGUGGAUGCAAAGAGAGCUACUAGAUGCAUAUCCCCCAAGGGGCCCAAGAGGUAUCAGGGGAGUGAGGGGUGGAGGUAGGGGCCAAAGAGGCUUGCAGAAUAUCCCAUACCUUUAAUGCCUUUGGUCUUUGAUUCCUACUUUGCUGAUGAGCAUAGUCUUGGACCUGCUUACCCUAGUAGAUACUUUCUGGGUCCUGUGCUUUAACCUUAAGCUGAUACUUUGCUUUAGGUAUCACUGUCCUUACCAGCAGCCUUUUGACCCAACUACAGCGCUUUGCCUUUUAGUACAGUACUGGAUUUUCUUCCAUAUGCAUGUACAUUGUAAAACAACAAUAAAAAGUUUGCAGAACCAUA